UUUUACUUUCAUCGGUUCGGUUGUCGUCGUGGUCUAGCCCCAAAAACCAAAACCAAAAACACAAAACAAUCCCAUACAAUACUUUAAAGACCUGUCCAGAAGAAAAACACACACAUUUCGCCAGCAUUUACCCAUGAGCCAAGUGGCCCAGCAUCUGAGAUUGCGACAAUGACCGCGGAGGAGCACAAGGGAUUAGUCAACUGUGCGCACAACUGCGACCCGCGGGAAAACCACCAGAAUACCUAAGACAAUGCUGGCCAGAGAUUAGCCGAGCAUUGCACCAGAGAUUCCGCAAAACAGGUCCACAAUUAGAGUCCAGAGACUCCCCGCGAGUCCCAGUGUAAAGUGGUCAAGUGGAGAGCAGUGGGGUGAAAGAAGAGCAGGAUCCGCGGGCAAAUAUGCCAUACUCAAGGAUUGCCUUAGUGGCUCUUCUACUGCUCAUCUCCAGUUGCCCCGGCAGGUCCUCGAAUGGGACACAUAAACAGCAGGCAGAGGCCCUCACAGGACAUCGGUAUUCGAGCAACAUCACCAUCCUGCAUGAAGUCGAGGACUCUGAAACCGAAACACCAUUAGUUUUGAACACACACGAGAUACUGCCGCUCAAGCCGCUGAAGAAGAAGGCCUAUCUGCCGCUGGAGAAGAUACUGCCAAGCAUUGAGUAUGUGAAGCCACCGCAUCCGCUCAAGGACUAUGAACUACAUCCGGUUACCUUUGACUUCAACUUGGGCGAUCUGGAGGAUCUGGAGCAUGAGGUGAUCAAAAAGGGUGACCUCAGCAGCCAGGAACAGCAUGUCCUGGCCUCGGACACCAGCUACAGUCCCUCCAAUCCCGACGAGAACGACACCGUGGACGUGGAGCUAUCCACCGAGCCCACAACGGCCACCUUGCCGGGAACAACCACAACCACGACGACUGGAACUCCGGUGACAACCACCACCACCACCACCACCAGCAGCACUCACAUCCUGAAGAUCCUGCGCAGUAAGCCCCAAAUGGCGCCCAAACUGGGUCGUGAUCUGCUCAAGCAGAGUGGCGAUGAUGAGCUGCAGGUGAAGACCCUGGGCAGCACCAUCAAUAGCAUCAAUCGCUAUCUGGUGGCCAAUGCCAAUGGAACGGGCAACGGCAGCAUGGCCGAGAGUCUCUAUGGCCAGGCCAACUACUUCCAGCUGGUGGCCAAUCUCUAUGACCACUUCUAUUGGCAAAUAUCCGAGAUUCGGACAAGCGUUCGCACAGGUUGCGGCCUAGAGAUGCAGGCCUAUCUAACAGCCCUGCAUUCCAGUUAUGAGUGGGCGCAGAAGGCUUAUGACUCCUCUGGUCGCUAUCGUGGCCAGCUGCUCUUUGGCAACGAUAAGUGGCUGGGUCAGCUAUCCUUUUGCUACGAGGUCAAUCGCCAGAGUUCAAGUGAGGAACGAAAACACUUCGACAUGGAGUUCUAUGUGGCGGAUGUGGCACUUCACUUGCCCCGGCUGAAUCGAUCGAUGCUUUUGAGCCUGGGCGAGUGCCUGCCCAAAUCCUGCUCGGCCCACGAUGUCCAGUCCAUCUUGUCCCUGGAUCCAUAUGCUCGAAUGCUCACCGUUCUAGGGGCACACAAUACCUCGGUGCAGCAACCUCCGCUCCAGGUUCUGCACGUCCGCACUGUGCCCGGUCUCUACAGUCACUGGCGACAGCUCAAGUUCCAGGUCUUCAUAAGCUUUAUGCUCACUUUAUUCCUGGUGAUCCUGGUGGCCUCCUAUUACCAGCUAAAGAUCGACGAACGUCGCUUGGUGGUGGCCCCGAUUGCGGCUAUUAGUGGCAAAUGCGAUGGAACCUCGGCGAAGAAUGGUGGCUUCUAUGCCAAGCCCUUCGAGCUCUUUCAAAUGCGUCCCUUGGGCAGCACAAAUCCUUCGACAGAGGGUGCCGAAAUUGAUGUCAAUGGGAAUAGACAAAGAUCGGGGGACUCAACCGAUGUGGCAGAUGGUGUAAACGGGGUAGUUGGUGACCCCAACACCUCCACAGCGAUGGGUUCAAUGGCGGCCAAGUCGGAAAUGACCGAUUAUCAGGUGGAAACCGGAAGCUGUGCCGGAGCCACAGGAACCUAUGAGGCAGAGCAACCCAUUGCCCUGCACCAGCAAAUACUCUUAUGCUUUGCCUUGCAAACCAAUGCCAAGGCCAUUUUAAAUAUUGACAAGACCAAGGAGGUAAGUUUAGAGACUCACACUUCCUGUCUGCAUGGUCUGAGGGUCUUCUCUGUUCUCUGGACCAUGAUGGUACACACCUAUCUGCAGAUGUUCGCCAUUGGCGAAAAUAAAUUCGAAAGGGUCAUCACGGAGCGUUCCUUCUGGUAUCAGGUGAUUGGCAAUGCCACCUUCUCGGUGGACUCGUUCUUCUUCAUCAGCGGCCUGUUGGUCACCCUGCUCUACCUCAAGCAGGAUCGCAAACAUCCUGCCGAGACCUGCCUCUUCAUCAAGCGCAGCUGUUCGGAAACCUUUAUGAUGCUGCUCUAUCGCUAUCUGCGACUCACUCCAGUGUAUCUCUUUGUGGUCAUCUUCAAUGACUUUGCCGUAAGACAAGGUUUGGAAACCUCGGUCUUUCAGCCGGCCAAAAUCGAGCACAACACUUGCCGCGUCUAUUGGUGGCGCAAUAUUCUGUACAUAAACAACUACUUUCCGCAGACGGAGAUGUGUAUGAUGUGGAGUUGGUAUAUGGCCAAUGAAAUGCAGUUCUAUGUGAUGGCUGCAUUGCUCUUGGCCUUGGCCAGAAAGUACUUUAAGGCCGUGGCUGUCACGUUAAUCGUAUUUCUACUUAGCUCAUGGAGCAUCUCUGGUAUUAUCUCCCUGCAGCACCAGUACACCCACAAAGUGGCCCUGCCCUUCGAGUCCUUUGACUUCCUGUAUGACAAACCCUGGCAGCGAGUGGGCUCUUAUAUAGUGGGAAUGUGUGCUGGCUAUGUUUUAUACAAGGUGAAGACUCCGCCGCUAGUCUCCAGGCGAUUAAACCUAUCCCUUUGGGCGGGCAGCCUGUUUGUGCUCCUCAUAGUGGUCUUUGGCGUUUGGGAGGGCCAACUGAGCACCGUCAGCAGUGCGUUCUACGUGGGCGUGGCCCACACCGCCUUCGGAUGCGGAUUGGUCUGGAUCGUAUUGUCCUGCUGCUGGGGCCUGGCGCCCACCGUAAAUGCGAUCCUGUCGUAUCGCGUUAUGUGGCCCCUGUCGCGACUCACGUACUGCGCCUAUCUGAUCCAUCCCAUCAUCAUGUUCAUCUGCUCCUCGCACAUGAGCGGCACCGUCCACCUGAGCAAUCCCCUCAUCCUGACCCUGUUCCUGGGCAACGCCGUCGUCUCGUUCGGCUCAGCCUUUGUCAUAUCCGCCUUCUUCGAGGCGCCCGUCAUCCGAAUACUCAAGAUCUGCUUCAAAAAAUAAUCGAAUCGGCAUAUCCAUUGGG